AAAUCCUGUUGAUACUAAUUAAUACAUUUUUAUUUUGGAGUUACUUUUAAAUUUACGGUCAACUAUAAAUAACCAAAUCCACUUUGAACAAGUUUCUUUCGAAAGUGUAUUGCAUUUGCAAGCAUUCAAUUAUGACCACUUUCAAUAUUCUUUUACAACAAUCACGCUUUUCUAGAGUUUUUAAAAUGUCAAUCCCUUAAUCGCGUUUGGAUAGUGUGUCAUCCUGGACUCAAGUAUUUUCCUUAGAUCAAACCUAAACAAUUGACAUUGAAAGAUAUCUUGAAACAAUAUGUUAACCAAGUUAGUUUCGAGUGGAAACCGCUGUAGUGUUUAUAUGUGACGGACAUCGCGCCCAUCAUAAACAUAAACAUGUGCAAAACAUUUCAAAUGAAACCCAAAAUCAGUUCUUCGAAAAUUGCCAGCCAAAUUAAAGGAUCGACAUGGACAUAUAAACAGACAAAUGGGCCGCAAAUUGACCUGUCAGCGGCCAUUUAGUGAAAAAUACCUAGCCCGUCGCGAUCUACCUGUUCGGCUGGUCUGCACUUUGUCCUGUUUAUUUAUUUGCUGUAUGUGUGUCAACAUACACGAUCACGCACCUGAUUAUCACCUGCACGGCCGACCGGAGGGGAAUCCUUCGUCCUUCAGAAGAAGCGGAGCACCUUGCACGUGACUGGAACGGGGCAUGUUAAAGGACGCCAACCAGGAGUUGAUUAAACGUCGCCAACUGACGACGCUCCCCAUGACCGACUUCGCUCGUCAGGUGGCGCCCGCACAGCUGCCUCUGCCGCUCCAAUUGCCGCUGCCUCUGUCUAUGCCGCUACCGCUUUUGGCGAAGACUCCGACUACCGAUCACGCCCCCAUGCACUCCACGCCCCCAACGACGCCGCCCACGCCGCCGCCUCUGCCCUUGAACAUGAGUCAGGCGGCAACGGCAGCCACAGAAGCAGCGACUCCUUCGGGGCACAGUCCACCAGCCACUCCCCCCUCAGGGGGGGCACCAGGUGCGGGCUCGGCCCCACAGGAUCACUACAGCCUGCGCUGGAACAAUCACCAGAACCACAUCCUGCGAGCCUUCGACGCACUGCUGCAGACCAAAACGCUGGUGGACGUGACUCUGGUCUGUGCGGAGACCUCGAUCCGGGCCCACAAAAUGGUGCUCUCCGCCUGCUCGCCCUUCUUCCAGCGCGUCUUUGCGGAGACGCCCUGCAAGCAUCCGGUCAUCGUCCUCAAGGAUUUCCGGGGCUGGGUGGUGCAGGCCAUCGUGGACUUUAUGUACCGCGGAGAGAUCAGCGUCCCGCAGCAGCGCCUCCAGACCCUCAUCCAGGCCGGAGAGUCGCUUCAAGUGCGGGGCCUGGUUGAGAGCUCCGUGCCGGAGCACACGCCCACGCCAGCCGCCUCGCCCGAUGACUUUGGGAUGAUGGACGCAUCGAUGCUCUCCUCCAGCUUCGAGGACGAGUCGCCCUCGAUGGUCCGACCGUCUGCGGCCGGGAAGCUGAUGAUGCCCUCCGCCCGCCUGUUCGGCAACCCUUCGAACUCGAUGGCUGCCCUCAGCCUGCGACGCAAGAGGGAGCCGGACUGCGACCGCGAAUUGGAGAGCGACCAGGAGCUAGGCGGGAGUUCGCCUAUGCCUCGACGCAAGCAAGCCCGCCCACGCCGUCGAUCCGGCGACGUGCCCCACGACUUUGCCCUGAACAAGACCGACACUGAAUCCUUGCAAACUGUCAUCAAGCACGAACUGCUCGAGCGAGCGGAGAGGGAUCACGACGAGGAUCAUGACCAGGAUCACGCCCAGAGUGAAGCUGACAAAAAUGAUUCUUCGCUAGCGGAAACGUCGAUGGACCAGGCCAAGGAGAAGCAGUCGCUAAAGCCAGAAGCACCCGAUCAACCCCUGAACCUCAACGAGAGCCACCAUCAUCUCGAGCUGGACGACGAGGACGAUGACGAUCAGGAUCGCGAGGAGGACGAAGAGGAGCAAGACAUCGAAGAGCUUAUUCACACGACCAACGAGCUGAGGCGGCAGGCGGCCGCAGCCGCUGCCAAUGCGGCCGCCAUGUCGCCCACUCCCUCGCCCUGCCCCAGCGACGGGCCCGAGGACCUCUGCACCACCAAGAAGGCCAAGGACGGAAACACCAGUGCCACCCACUCGUCCGACUGUGAGUCCAACAAUAACAACAGCAGCAAGCUGCAGGACAACAACCAGCGCAUAAUGCUGUCCCUGAAGGACAUCCGCCAACUGAACGCCAACCCGAACCCCACAGCCAUCCACACGCCCACCAGCUGCUCUGGCGGCAACGGACUACUCAGCUUUCCACCGCCAGGACUUCGGCCACCAGGACUCCCGGAUAGCCCACCCUGCCACAUGGAAGCGCUGGAGGCGCAGAUGCACGCUGCCGCGGCUGCGGCCGUGGCUGCAGCUGGAGCCGGGGAGCAUCCCUUCCACCACAUGGAGCACCAGAUGGAGAUGUCCUUGGCGGCCGCAGCGGCUGCGGCUGCUAUGCACCAGCGGGAGCCAAGGGAUCCCCGGGACCCGCGCGACCACAACGCGUUUGCCAGCAACCUGCUGGGGCCAAUGGGGAUGCCCCCCUUCGGAGGACAUAACGGAGGUCAUCCGGGCAACAGUGGCCCAGGAAACGGAUGUCCCGGACAGGCUGCGCACGAGCGGCUCGAGGAGAGUAUGAAUCGACUGAGCAAGGAGCUCGGCAAAGAGUUCGGCAAGGACUUUGGCAAGGAGUUUGGGAAGGAGUUCGCCCCAGCGUCGCCUAUGAGUUUGCCGGGACACUUCAAUGCACCGGAUGGACCUCCGCAUCCGCCGUCGCCACUGCCCUUUCCUGGCAUGUCCUCUGCGAUGACGCUGACGCCGCCGCACAUGUUUGGUCUGGACUCCCCACUCGGACUCUUUCCACCCGGAAUGGAUCCUGGCAAGCUUUACAACCCACUGAUGGAAAUGAGCGAUCCAAGGGACAUGCCUGGCGGGCCGCCUCCAUUUCUUAAAAAGAAAAUGCCACGACCAAAGGGACAACACUCGGCGCCUCGCGGCGGUCCUCCUCGGUCCUGGACCAACACUGAACUUACGGAGGCACUGCAGCACGUGUGGAACAAGAAGAUGACCACGUCGCAGGCCUCGCGCAUCUUCGGCAUCCCCUACAACUCCCUCCUCAUGUACGUGCGGGGCAAGUACGGAAAGAGCUUGAAGCUGGAGCAGCUGCGCAAGGACUGCAUCAGCGGACCACCAAUCGAGAUGCUGCAGAUGGGCAUCGGCGGAGGCAACGGGGGCGGCAGCGGCUCCAACAAGAGCGAAAAGAGCAAGGAGCGCAAGGAGAAGGAGAAGGACAAGAACUCCGGCAGCAACAACGGCUCAGGUGGCUCGUCGAAUGCCCAAGGUGGCGGUCCGUCGUCUGGAAACGGAUCAUCAAUGCCGCAUCCCGGUGAACUGGGCCCCUUGGGACCGCUGGACUUGGAGCUGGGUCUUCCCUUGGGUCCUCCUGGCGGACCCCGCAGUGGCAGUUCCGAGCCGGACCUGCUGAGUGGCCCUAACUCCCUCUUCAAUCCCUUUAACCCGCAAGGCUUCUACCCGGACUUCGCCGGCGGCUUUCCCGGUCUCCCCUUGAGUAUGCUGAACCUGCUGCCGCCGGCUGAGCGCCACCAUGCAGCGGCUGCCAUGCACCACCUGGGCGUGACCAUGGACGAGGACUGCAAGUCCGUGGGAUCAAAGCAGUCCUCCUCGAUGGACGACGACUUCGCGGGUCCAGGGAUGCCACUUUCGCUGGAGCAGCGUCGGGAGAUGAGCGCGACGGGCCCACCACUGACACAGUCGAACGGCGGAGCAGGGCAGGAUUGAAACUUGUGGCGGGAUUGGGCAACCGGGGCUGCCAACGCCAAUCCAAUGUACUUCCCUGCUUUCGAGCUGGACCAGGAGCAGAACCCGACUCCACAGUCCCUGCCUCCGCGACCCACCUUGCACUACAUGGCCUGCCGUGAGCUCAGCUUCAAGCCCGACCUGUUCAUGGCCAGGCGCAAGCUGAAGCGCUUCCGGGCCAAGCGGCAGCUCCAGGCGCAGAUGGAAACGCCGACAGCAGCCGUUCCUGCUCCCUGUCCCGUCAGCCACGCGCUGCCACCGCUGAGGACUUGAAUGUGAACCCGAAUGCAAUAUGUCUACUAUUAGUUGAUUCUUUUUUUUCGUUUAGUGGCCCUGAAGGACAAUAUUUGAUUUAUGAGGAUUACGUUUCCUUUUGUUUAUGAUAAGAAAUUGUGUAUAUUUUGCUGGUGCUUUUAGUUCCUAUUCCCAAUUAUAUUUUGAUAUUUUACAAUUAAUUUUAGUUAAGUAACUGAAUAUGGCAAAGCUUACAAAGCGUUUGAGGCAAUACAUGAAACAUAAAUAUUACUCCCUGUAUUAUUAUAUAAUUUAAGUAUGGAAAGGAAUAUAAUCAAAAUGAGAGAGAAGCUUAGGAGGAGAAAAAGUGUAUAUAUGCGGAAAUCCAAACCAACAAACAGCAUUAUCCAGCAUGAGGCUGGGCAGCGAUUGGGAGAUAGAUGUAAAGCAACCACACUGCAAUUAGUAGUAUCGACGGAUACAUAGACGAUGACUGUACCAAAAUUUUUAAUGUUAUUUUAUAAAAGAAGAUCGAAAAGAAAAUUAGUUGUAGAAUUAAGUGUUCUCGUAGGCAAUUCAUAUUUGUAUAGAAAACAUCAGCACUAGUACUCCACACUCAUAGUUGUGCACAUUCCCCUCACCAAACAUGCACAUCCUAGGUAUUCGUAGUCGCCGCUUUGUAAAUCUCAGCCAACCUCAUGGAAUCCUGAAGAUCUAUCCGUUUUGUAAUCUUAUUUGUAAAGAAAGCAACAACAAACCGAUAAGACAGUGACCCAUUCCCGCGCAUAGUGUUAAUAAUUUAUAAGCUCAAAUAAAAUAUUUUAAUAUUAAAUAUUACACCAGAUGCGUAUGUAAGUAAAAUAAAACUAAAGUAUAUGCAUUACAAUAAAUAGUAAAAGUUAUUAAA